AUGUGUGGGAUAUUUGCGUAUUUGAAUUACAACGUGAGUAGAGAGAGGAGAUAUAUUCUCCAACUUCUUUUCAAUGGACUUAGGCGUCUUGAACACAGAGGAUAUGAUUCCGCUGGGGUUUCCAUUGACAGCAAUUCUCAGGGCCAACCUCUUGUUUUCCGCCAGGAAGGGAACAUCGAAUCCCUUGUCAAAUCUGUCUACCAAGAGGUUGAUGACUUGGAUUUAAAUUUGGAGGAAUCUUUUUGUGUCCAUGCUGGAAUAGCGCACACCCGCUGGGCUACACAUGGAGAGCCAGCUCCAAGGAAUAGUCAUCCACAAACUUCUGGUGAUGGAAAUGAGUUCCUUGUUGUUCACAAUGGCAUUAUUACUAAUUAUGAGGUGGUGGUGUUGAUUGAGAUAGUGAUUAAAUUCUGGAGGAGAAGCAGUGGGUUCUCAGUUGUGUUAACUUUAGCAUUUCCUGUGUGUAGUGGUGGGUGCUCAGUUGUAUUAGUGUUAGCAUUUCUUGUGUGUAAUGAUUGCAUUACAGGAGAUGUAGAUGAGACAGAUAGUAUCGAUCUUUUUUUUCCCCUUUACACUUUUCUAUUUGGUGACUGGAAUGUGAGGUUGGCUGGACAGGACAUAGCUGUAUUUGUCUUAUCAGUGGCACAGUUGAUAGGCCUGUUGAAGGAAAUGACAAAAGUGUUAAAGGAAACACUUAUUCGACAUGGGUUCACCUUUGAAUCUGAAACUGACACAGAAGUAAUACCAAAGCUCGCCAAAUUUGUCUUCGACAAAGCAAAUGAAGGAGAAGGUUCUCAGACUGUCACAUUUAGUGAAGUUGUGCUUGAAGUCAUGAGGCAUCUUGAAGGAGCCUAUGCCCUAAUUUUUAAGAGCCUACAUUAUCCAAAUGAGUUAAUUGCUUGCAAACGUGGAAGUCCAUUGCUCUUGGGUGUCAAAGAAUUAAGUGAAGAGUUUAACUGUGGAUCAGCAUUUCAUGAUGCUAAAUCCCUCUCAAAUAAUGACCAUCCAAAAGAGCUGUUUCUGUCCAGUGAUGGUCAUGCUAUUGUUGAGCACACAAAAAAGGUCUUGGUGAUUGAGGAUGGCGAAGUAGUUCAUCUUAAGGUCAAUAUCUUAUCUUUUGCCUUUCAUGCGAAGGAGUUUGAUGGAAAUGUGUCAAUCCUGAAGUUUGACUAUGAUAAGGGAAGACAUGGAGGUUCCCUUUCUAGACCUGCAUCAGUGCAUCGUGCAUUAUCUGUUCUUGAGAUGGAAGUUGAACAAAUAAACAAAGGAAACUAUGAGCAUUACAUGAAGAAAGAAAUCCAUGAGCAGCCAGAAUCUCUAAAAACCACUAUGAGGGGGAGGCUUAUACGUGGAGGUUCCUGCAAAGCCCAGACUGUUCUUUUAGGUGGACUCAAGGAUCACUUUAAAACAAUUAGAAGAAGUCGACGUAUUGUUUUCAUUGGUUGUGGUACAAGCUAUAAUGCUGCUCUAGCUGCUAGACCCAUCUUGGAAGAACUUUCUGGUGUUCCCGUGACUAUGGAAAUUGCAAGUGAUCUGUUGGAUCGUCAAGGUCCUAUAUACAGAGAAGAUACAGCAGUCUUUGUCAGCCAAUCCGGUGAAACUGCAGAUACAUUACAUGCGUUGGAAUAUGCUUUAGAAAAUGGUGCAUUGUGUGUUGGGAUAACAAAUACUGUUGGCAGUGCAAUAGCCAGGCAUACACAUUGUGGUGUUCAUAUAAAUGCUGGUGCUGAAAUAGGUGUGGCAAGUACCAAGGCAUACACAAGUCAGAUAGUAGUGAUGGUCAUGUUAGCCCUAGCGAUUGGAGGUGAUGCAAUUUCUAGUCAAACAAGAAGAGAGGCUAUAAUUGAUGGUCUAAUUGACUUGCCAAACAAGGUCAGGGAGGUCCUGAAGCUUGACCAGGAAAUGAAGGAUCUUGCAAAACAAUUAAUUGCGGAGCAGUCACUUCUUGUGUUUGGGAGAGGAUACAAUUAUGCAACAGCUUUGGAGGGUGCAUUAAAGGUUAAGGAAGUAGCACUUAUGCACAGUGAAGGAAUGCUGGCUGGUGAAAUGAAACAUGGUCCUUUGGCAUUAGUUGAUGAGAAUCUUCCUAUUAUUGUCAUUGCCACGCGUGAUUCCUGCUUCAGCAAGCAGCAGUCAGUCAUUCAGCAACUCCAUGCCCGCAAAGGUCGCUUAAUAGUUAUGUGUUCAAAAGGCGAUGCUGUGUCGGGUUGUCCUGGAGGAUUUAGUAGAGUAAUUGAAGUUCCACAGGUUGAGGAUUGUCUUCAACCUGUAGUUAAUAUAGUUCCCUUGCAGUUACUGGCGUAUCAUCUCACUGUUUUAAGGGGUUACAAUGUUGACCAACCUCGCAAUCUUGCGAAGAGCGUGACAACACAGUGA